AUGGAAUCACCACGUGGCGAUGAUUCCAGGGCCAUUGCAGCCGCUUUGCUCUCACAAAAGGUGUUCAAAGGAUGCGAUGCGGAGCUCGUCCAGCAGAUCGCCGAUGAGGCCGUGCGGUGGACCCCCGGCAAAGGCCACGAGAUCCCCGUCACGGAUGGAAUGCCGUUGCUCAUCGUGGCGUCUGGGUCCUUGCAGAUCUGUGUGGGUGGCGGACCUGCUGCACAAGCUGGCCGAGGUACCGUGGUCGGCUUCGCAGGCUUGUUCGGGCUUCUGGGUGCCGCAGCUUCCGCGAGGAACCAACCUCGGCCUGUGAGCAUCGUUUCGGCCGUGGAUGGCGAGGAUGUGGACGAUGACACAGUGAAGGCUGAAGAGGAUGAGGAGGACGAAGGUCGGCAGGAGCUCCGUCGUCAGUUCGAUCUUCCCGACUGGAGCGUGUACUGCAAGCGGGCAGUGCGUGAUGGGAUUCAGAACCUUGCUCCGCACACUUUGGACUUCGAAAAGCUGCAUGGCUCCGACAAGCACACCGCCGGGCUGCGGAUGGAGAUUUUGGACGCCAUCUCCUUCCAAAGAGCCCUGACUGCGGGCCAAGAGAAGAAGAACGGCUGCGUCCUCGCUUGCGUUUCUUUGGAGGUGAUCCAGGAAAUCUUCGCCGGGACGGAAUCGGCAGAAUGCUUCGAAGCUGCGUGCAAAAGCGUCAUUGCCAAGUUUAAGGCGCUGACGCGCUUCGCUACCUUUCCCGGGAUUCCUCCCGAGGUCAUCUGGAUGCUCGCCGAGCACAGCGAAGUUCAGGUGUUCGAAAAAGAUGAUACCAUCCUCAGAGAGGGGAUCUGUGGUGUGCCAGAGUCCAUGAUCAUUAUCGAGAGUGGCACCGCUGAUGUGGAGAUGGUGAUGUUCGACCGCGAGAUCCUGGAGGCUCGCGGCUGCCGCAUCGCCAAGCUCCUUCCAGGUGCCAUCCUGGGUGAUGCAUGCUUCCUGGAGUCGUGGGUGGCGCGACCUGCCAUUGAGACGGAGGAUUCAGUGCUUAUCCGUGCCCGCAUUCUGCAGCAGUUGGAAGGCGAGGUCUAUGGUACUGAGGUUUCUUUUCAGCGAUCGGAUGCACCAGCCUCAAAGGUUGUACUUCGAAUGCCAUAUGCGAUUUGGAAUCAAGUGGGCCGGAGGUGUCAAACUGUUCGGGCUUUGUGGUCCCAGGUCCGGGUUCAGAAUGACAUCGUUAUCUUGGAUGCCACUGUGGGGAAUGCCUUUAUCGCUGGGGAUAUUGUGCUUCAGCCUUUUGAGAACAUCCAAGUCGCCGAAAUUUUCUGCGGCGGUUUUGCGGGCUGGUCCCAGGCUGCUUGGUGCUUGUCUGACCGGGGCCUUAAGAUACGCACAGCUUGGCUGCUUGACAUCGACGAUGACACGGAGGACCCGCUUAAGACCAUGUUUCCUGACCUUCAGGUUGCAGGGUCUGCUUCAGAUAUUUUGGAACUUGAUCCGGACGAUGGCCCCUUCCUUUUGCAGGCAAACUUGGAACAUUCGUGGUGGCACCAGAUCUGGGGUGUCUCAGCCCCCCAGAUCUUGACUUGCUCGCCACCUUGCCAGCCCUGGAGUACAGCUGGGAAUCAGGGGGGCCUUGAUACUCCCGACGGGAGGCUCCUUCUUCGGUUGGCGGCUAUCUUGAAGGUUGUCAGGGUUCCGGUUGUUUGCUUGGAGGAAGUUGUCGGAUUUGCUGCUCACAAAGACUUUCAGACUGUCAUGUUGGCUUGGCAAGAAGCUGGCUACCGCCGUGUGUAUGAAUCCUCCUUGCAGCUAGCUGAAGUGUGCCCGACACGGCGCAAUCGGCGCAUGUACAUCUUUGUGCACUCCUCUGUUAGCCAGGAUGAAAGCGCCAAGUUCUGUCAGACAUUGUGGCAACCAGUGCGCCGACCUAGCUUAGGCGGCCUCCGUGCAAUCUUCGAGGACCUCCCUGGUGACCUUCGAAACCCCUGUUCCCUAAGCCCUGAGCUCCUCGAUGUCUACUUGGACCCGUGGUUCCUGCCCCCAGGGCAUGGUAGUUCGCUGGAGGCGGCUAGAAAGUUCAGACUUUGCACACCGGCCCAGCAAGCUAAAUGUUUCAUGGCCUGCUACCACAGACAACAUACACUACCUCCCAGGAUGCUGGAACGAGGCGGCAUACUGUGUUCGCUGGCUCACCUUGACCAUGAAAUUAGGUUCUUCGCCGCACCUGAGAUCGUUAGCUGUCACGGAGCCCAGAAAGUGCAGUUGCUGUUGCGAGACGACAGUACAUCCAUGCGCAUUCUUGGCAACAGCCUUGCUGUACCACAGGCCCUGCUCACACUUGCGCAUGCGGUCCAGUUCUUUCCUUGCUGUGGAAAGAUCGACCCAGCCUUUGCAGUGCACUGCUGUCUUCAAUCUAGGUUGCAUGCCGGUAACAGCGCCCUCUUUCAGGUGCCUAAAGGGUGGCUUUUGGUUGAUAGGGGUUUCCUAGGCCAACUUCUUGCCCGUAAGACCCUACGCCUGGACAUCGAACACCACAUGUGCCUUGAUGCCCCAACAUUCCAUGAGCUGGAGGUUGUAUGCCGGGAAAGCCACAAUGCUGCUCAGGUCGUUGUGCGAACUGCUUUCUUCAACUCGCAGAUUGCUCUGCCAGCUUUGUGCGAAGCCUUGGGCUUACAAGUUACUGGGGAAAUGCCGAUGGCGGCCGCUGCCACAGCAGGUCCAAGCAUCACGAUCCGGGUGGACGGGCUCACACCCUUGUGGCUCGAUGCCUCUCCUUGCGUCAGGGCGCAGUGUGGCGCACCCAUACAGCUCUGCACGUCUGCGGGGCUGGUUGUUGUGCAACCCUCGGUGCCGAAUUUCUUUCAUCAGCUUAAGUGGGCAUUUGAUCGCUGCCGGCUCGAGGGUCAGCCAAGUGUUGUGUGCCUGUCCUGUUUUGGGACACGGUUGGACGAUGCUGCCCACUUCCCGCCAGUCACAUUUGUGGCGGGGUCUGCCAACGACAUUCACUUCCAUUCGCCCUGCCUUGAUCAAGCACAUGUGCGAGAGAGCCGCAUUGUUGCAGUUCCGCCAUGCCUGAGCAUUGUUGUGCCACAUCCUUUCGCUGUGAAUUGGUGGCUACAGAUGCCAUACCACUUGCUUGAAUGUCUUGGGUGGAUUGCGGAGGCUGAUGACUUCUUGCCGGCGCAGGACGAAGCACUGCACAUCCUGCUCCGCCCGGCCACUGCCACGCCGAUUGUCCCUCCUGGGUCCUUGCGACUGUACCUGCGCGAGGUUUUCUUCUUUGCGCAACUUAAGGAUCUUGCCACCAAUCCCAAGGAGCUUUUGGUUGGUCCAUUCCAUGUGCAGGUUGAUGCCAGGUCCAUUGGUGACGUGUGCUUACCGGGCGCUAUCACGCCGGAUGACAUUGAAACUACAUGGCAAAACGCCUGCCACUUCGCGGGCACAUGGCCUGGCGGGCGUGUCUUCUCUGGGCCCCGGCGUCUGGACGGCAACUUGUCGUUGCAGGAGCUGCUUGAUGCAGGCUUGUGCCAGAUAAAGCAACGUAACCAGCUUCCCAUGCUCACCCUCAUGCCUGAGGUCCGUGGCGGAGGAGUUAAGGACGAGAACACUUCUUUUGCAAAGAGUAAGCUUGCAUCCCUUUUGCUUGAUCGAGGCGUCCCUCUGGCCCAGACUCAUGAGACUGUCGACUCGCUUGUACCUGCCAUUGGGACCGCUGCUUGCAUUAGCGCACUGCGUCAGACUGACACACAGAAGCAAUGGAAAACACUGUGCCAUGCGGCGCAGGCUACUGGCCUCACCUUGCCCACUGGGGACAACCGUGCGGAGACUGCCGCACAACGAAUCCAGAAAGCCGUCCGCAAGCAGCGGCUGCAACAACAAGCACCGGUGCGAGCGUCUGAUUUUAUCCUUGAGCCUGACACGUGGUGCGGCAUUGAUGACCAACCGGUCCCAAUACUGGAAGACAUUACGGCAGAUUGCUCGGGGGUGGUCUUGGUGGACGCAUCGACCACAAAUGCUCAGGAUCUUGCUUUGCUCCGCAAUAUGAGCUCGGAGGCGCUUUGCCUGGUCCUGCCGGGCCAUCGCUGCCCCGACCCGGACACAUGCUCGGGGCGUACGAGUGUUCCGGUGUGCCAUAAAGUCACAGGGCGAAGGCACUUGCUUGCAGCAUGCUACCAUAAUGUUGGUGAGACAGACAUCACGCCACAAAUCCAACAUGGUACCAGAGUUGAUUCUGAGGACACUGUUUGUUGCUCCUUCACAAUGUGCCAGGAAGACUUUCCUGCUGAAGCUCAAUGGAAGGACUGCGCUGCCGCUCCAGUGCGAACUGUGGUUGAGGCCUUCCGCACCAAGGGUGUCGACAGUGCUCUCCAUCAUCCUUGGGCCCGCACUUACCGUGCCUCUGGGCGCCCUAGCCAGCCCCACUUGUGUGAUCAAUUUGUCUUUUACGCCAAGGUCCCGCAGGGCAAGCUUCGCGCUGUGUUGCAAUGUAGUGGGUUUAACAGGGUGUACGUCGUGCCCCGGUCCUGGGACCGACAGCUCUUGCCGGGUUGGGCUGUUGUGUGGCUUGCACUGCCACGCUCAGAGAUUGAGAAGCAGGCCCUACUUGUUGCUGAACAACAUGGAUUGGUGAAAGGUAAAAACAAAUUUGGCCUUCGUGUGCCUGCGGCCUCUUUCCGAAAAGUUUUCACGCAGUUGCGACCGGGAGAUGCGGUGCCGGACCAUCUUGAAAUCAGCGAAACCUUCAAGGUCGGCCCCUUCCCUGCUGCCGCUUCUGCAGAUGCAAUCAGGGAGUGGUCCAAGCGCAUGUCCUGGCCCACCAAGGUCAUAAAGAGUCUGGGCCCCCAGUUCUGGCUGCUUGGGUCAGCAUCGGAGCCGCCUGCUGCAACCAUGCUCUUCAACAACACUCCGGUUCUUGCCACUGCUGUUAAGGGUCGCGACCAACAGCGACCUGUGGUGCAGGCUGGCGGGCAUGUGCCGCGUGCUGCUAAGACUACGAAAACUCCUGCUGAAGCAGAGGACCCGUGGCUCCACAAUGAUCCCUGGAGCUCUUACAAAGCCUCGCAUACUCCAGGUCCAGCUAAGGCGGCUUCUGCAUCGACCACCCCUCUUGACAGUUCUUCUGCCACGCGCCUGACACAACAAGAUGACCGUAUUGCUGAGCUUGAGCGGGGCCUCCAACAAUUGCGUGAUGAGCAUGCCGUUGCCAACCUUGAACGAGCUAGGGAUAAGGCUGCCUUGCAACAUGAUAUUGGGGUCGUGCGGGCCGAUGUGCAGCAGCUUGGCACUGGCCUCCGACAGGAUUUUCAGGCAUGGACUGCAAGCCUUACCAAUGCACAGGCCCAGCAGGAUCAGCAAAUUGCAACCGGCAUGGCUGAACUGAAGGCCUUGAUCCUUGCGUCCAACGAAAACAAGCGUAAACAGGGUGAUGCAGACCUGGCACGCUCCUCCUUUGCAUGGAGCCCGGCCCCUCUUGCAUUGCACCUUGGAUGUCCGUCUGAUACCAGUUGUGCGUCUGGGCUCUGUUUGUUCCCUUCCGUGGAGGGCUUAUCCUCCUUCUCUUUCCCCUGGACCACCCUGCCGGUGGCUCUUCCGUGCUCGCCUCCUGUGGCACCCUCUUCCGCCAACCGGUUGCUCGUUGAUACUCGAGCCUGCCGGUACCUUUCUCGUUGUGGCUUCGCUGCCAAUGUUGACGAUUGCCCGGGCUACUGGCGCCCUGGUCUGUACAGUGGGCUCCGCAUAGGCGAGGCAACUAACCCUGGCCCUUUUCAGCGGACCCUCCAUGCCUUUCUGGGACAGACCCCUCCUGCGCAGCAGGAAAGUGGGCCCACCGAGCCCUCCUGUGUUUUUGCAGUUGUGAAUCCCACUAGCAUCCUUCACAAAGUUCCCGCCCUCCUUGAGCUUGGGGCAGACAUUGUUGCUCUUUCCGAAACCUCGGCCGUUCAGCGCGCCCAGCAGGUCACCACCAACGCUUUCCGCCGACAUGGGUUCAAAGUUCACUGGGGUUGGGCUGUUCAGCCACAUUGUCGGGUUGAGUCGGACAAAACCCCAAUGCGUGGCCUCGCGGCUGGGGUCGCCCUUGCUGCCAGAGUCCCGUCGAGAGCGUCUCGCCCGGCCCUGCCCGAGGCCGCUGCGGCUACCUGCCGAAUCUCCGAAGCCUUCGUUCGCCUGGGUGCGUUGGAAGUCCGUGUCAUAACAGUGUACGGUGUCGCACUCUCCGAACCGGAUGCACGUGAGCGCACCAAUGCUAUACUGCAGCAGGCUUUUGAGCGGGCCUCUCAGAAUGCAGUCCCCUGCAUUGUUGCUGGCGAUUUCAACCUUCGCCCCUUCGACUGUCCCGCUGGCCAGGCCUUCCAGGCACAAGGCUACCAGGAUAUAUUUGACUUGUAUAAGGGCAGAUGCGGCCAUGACCUGCCGGCCACUUGCCGCGGGAGCACUCGACAUGAUACUGCAAUCUUGCACCCUGUGAUCGUUCGCCUGUGGAUGGAUGCGUGGGUCGUACAGCAACAACUUUUCGACUCCCAUGAUCCCUUGUGUUUCCGACUCCGCACCUGCCAAAGCAGACCCUGCACUAAAGUGUGGCGACUUCCACGUGCCCUGUCGCAGCUUGGUGUUGACAAAGCCCAGUUUGAAGUUGCCUUUUCGACCGUCGCGCCUGCCCUGCGACGUCAGAUCCAGGAGUGUGAUUCUUGCGAGUCGAUCGGUAAUGCCUUUGCAGCCUUCUCCGGUGCCGCUGAGGAUGCGGCUGACCUUGCACUUCGCCGCCAGCAUCUGGCCGACCCCGUUAAGUGCCCAACCCCUGGUCUUUCAAAGGCUUUUCGCGGCCGGUGUCUUCCCCGUAACCUGGUGCACAAAGAGGCUGCCUGCUUGUGCCGCAAUGACCGAAGCGGAGGGUAUGACCCCGAUGUCGAAGUUACCUCUGUACUUGGGCGGCUUAAAGUGCGUCAAGUCCGCCGUUUGGUUGUGUUCCGUCGAGGCCUCUCUACUUGGCGCCUUCGAGGUGCGUCUCCGCUUGAUCGCUGCCGGGCGCAACUUGAUUCUGAGUGGCGUGCUAUCCGCCGGGCCAAGGGGUACCCUCCUGACUUCGUCCAGUGGACACUCAACAUUGCAUGCUUCCAUCAGUUUUUCGCUGAUCUGCCCCCUGAUGAUUGGCUUGAUUCCCUGCUUGAGUAUGUCCGUUAUGAUUGUGACUGCCUCACCAGACAGGAGGCCAAACGCCGCCGUGACAAUUUUCUGUGCCAGGUCAGUGUUGAUGCUGAGGUCGGCGGCUCCCGCCAAGGCUUCCAAGCCAUGCGUGCUGCCCCGAAUCCUCCUUUUACCGAGGUGCCCUGUCAAGUGCGCUCUCUGGUGCGGCGUACCAUGCAAGACCCCCAACCGUCUGGGGAGGUUGAGUAUGCCCUGCUUGGGCACGGUUGUUUCCGCUCCGCUUGCCCCGCGCUGCUUUCUUCAUCCCAGUGCAAAGUUGCAGCUGCUUGUGACGGCACCGUUCUGCUUGUCGGGGAGGACCUGCCCGUUGAAGGUGAACUUGUCCAGGAUUAUGUUGCCUGCACGGCCCCUGAACUGCACUCUGCCUUUGCUUCUUUCUGGGGGCCCCUGUGGCAACGUGACUCCGGGCCUGCUGCAACUUCUGUCUCUGCAUGGCCCUGCUUUCAGCAACUUCUCGCACGGACUGACCUUACUGGGCCCAAGCUUGACAUCAUGUGCACACCGGAGCAAUGGCAGAACGCCAUACGCAACAUGUCUUGUCGAAAGUCCACUGGCAUCUGUGGGUGGAGCCCCUCCGACCUCAAGCUGUUGCCUUGGGUAGCCAUUGACCUCUUGUGUCUGCUGUUCAAUACGGCCCUGCCCUUUGGUCUGCCCGACCACCUACUGCGAGCCCGAGUCUGUGUACUCGCCAAGGCCUUCUGCCCUGAGCACAUCAAGCAGAGCCGACCGAUUACUAUCUUCUGUACUUUGUACAGGGUCUGGGGCUCCAUCGUGACCAAAAACCUCUUGCGCUCUUGGGCGGCCGUAUUCCCGCGUGCUGUUGCUGGGUCCAUGCCGGGCCGAAGUAGCCGUGAGUUAAGCUAUAAGCAACAGCACUGGAUUGAACUUGCUUUGCUUCAGGGCUCCUGUAGGUUUGGGUUCUCGCUUGACAUCGUCAAAUGCUUCAACCAGCUUGGCUGGCCCCCACUGCGGUUACUGCUAACCCGAAUGGGUGUGCCUGCGGAACUUGCUGACUUCUGGUUUGGCUGUCAAAGCCGUUUAAAGCGCCACACUUGUUUCUUGAAUGAUCUUUCCGAAGGGAUUGGAUGCUACAACGGGGCGCCAGAAGGAGAUCCUUUCAGUGUCGCUGCAUUGGCAGUGGUGUGUGCCUUCGCAGAAUCCCUUUGCCGUGAGCCUGAGGUGGCCUUCGAUAUGUAUGUCGACAACUGGAGUUGGUCCAGCCUCAGUAGUGCCUCCAUCGAGCGUGCGGUCCCCAAGGCAGUGCUGUUCCUACAGUCGUUGUCCUUGCCCAUCGACUGGACCAAGUCGUAUACCUGGGCCACCACUGCUGCUGGCAGGAAAUGGUGGAAACAAGCCCGCGACCGUGUCUUUCCUGCAGGGGUUACCGUCCCUGCUGUCUCUGAGGUGCGCGACCUCGGAGUCGCCUUCAAGUUUGAUGGCAGGGCCCACGCUGUCUCCCGGAGUGCUCGUCUGCAGGAUGGUAUUGACCGAUUGGCCCGUCUGCGUCACCAGCCACGCAGCACGCUGCUCAAGGCCUCAAUGGUCCAGCGGGGAGUGUGGCCGGCAUGCCUGUAUGGUGCUGAAGGCCACUCUUUCCAACUUGCGGAACUACACCGGCUCCGAGGCCGUGCUGCCCGAGCCAUUGUUGGACACCAUAAGGUUCUCUCCCCCUUUCUGGCGCUGAGCGCAUUGUCCGAUGUUUGCCAGGAUCCUCAGGUCUACUGUCUGGAACAACAACUCCAGCUGUUACGGCGGACCUGCAUUUCAGAGCCUGACGUCGCACUGUCGGUGAUUGAGGUGGCAUCCUCAGGGUGUGCAAAAAGUUGCCAGGGUCCGGCCACUGCUCUCCGACAAGCUCUCGACCGUCUCGAGCUCACAAUCACCGGAACUGGAGUGGUUAAGGGCGGUGAUAAUACCUGGGUCGACGUGACCUCCUGCCAUGCCCGGGAAAUACGGUUGUUGCUUCAGCGAUCGUGGGCCCUCCACGUCCAACAACAGGUCUCGCACCGCAAUGGGCUGGGCCACGCCCCCCCCCCGGACUCGCGCGAAACUGGCCACCUGCUCAGCCGCCUUUCUUCAAAUGAACAAGUCGUGCUCGCCCGGCACAUCACUGGCGCCUUUUCGUCCGCAGCCGCAAAGAACCUUUGGGACCCGGAAAUACCGGCCGAGUGCCCGUUGUGUGGACUAAAACAGACUAAAGAGCAUAAGUUCUUGUGGUGUGCUGCUCUUGCACAUGUUCGCGAGGAGCACCUUGACAUCAUUGAGGAGGUACGAUCCGAACACCCCUCAUGGAUUCAUGCACCCUAUGCCGCCACACCACCCGACAUGGAAAUCAACCGACUCAUAUUUGCGACCCGCUCCCUGCAGUAUCCCAAAGUUGAUUUGCCUACCGGCCCUCUCCUGCAAGGGCGGGGGUUCCUUAGGUUUUUCACUGACGGGUCCUGCCGCCAUCCUGCGUACCCAGAAGCAUCGCAUGCUGGUUAUGCGGUUAUCUUGGAUACUAGCCUUGACGAUGCCACGCUACCUGCCAUCAUGGAGCGCUGGCGGGAAACUGCGGUUCCCCCAUGCGAGUUCAGGGUUGUGGAUCAGGGUUUGGUCCCAGGGUUGCAGAGCAUAAAUCGUGCCGAGCUUUGUGCCAUCAUACAGGCGGCCCGCAUCAUACACAUGUUCGGCUCCCCACCUGCUGUCAUAUGGACCGAUAGUGCCUUUGCCAUUGCUGAGUGGGAGCGCGCCGGGAGUGACUUGCCCGGUACUUGGCCGGACCUAGCAGCCUUGCUUAAGCGCUUGUAUCGUGCCAACAUAAGUCUCCUGAAAAUUGCGUCCCAUCAGGACGCUACCAAGCUCGAGGGUCUCCAGCGAUGGCUGGCCGCCGGCAAUGAGGCAGCGGAUACGGCCACAAAAGCUGCAGUGUUGCGAGAUCUCGAUUGUGUUACCGCCACCGCAGACCAAACGCAGAGUUUCCAAAUGCACCAGCGGCGUCAGCUUUCUUCAUUCUGGAGAUACUUGCUUGCACUUUCCCUUGAGGAAGCUAAGUUGCUUAAGGCGAAAACCAGUGCUGCCCCGUUACCAGUGACAUCCGGCAACACUGAUACAACAUAUGCUGCCUGGAUUUCCCUGAACUCCCGCAACUACAUUUCAUGGGACGUGCCGCAGUACCAGCGUGAAUGGCUCCUUGCAUGCAGCUGGCCCCCGGAUUAUACCCUUGCUUUAUGGUCCUGGCUGAGAUCGUUGCAAUGGUCGGUUCGUGCGCCGCACGAGCGAGCGACAAGUGGUGUUACCUACGUCGAGCUCCUGGUUCACUUUGUUUUCACUACCGGACAGUGCCCACCAAGUCGACUGGUGGCGCCAAAUGUGACAGACACUACUUCGGAUCCUAUGCUGGUGGAACCUAUUACGGUGCGUCAGCUGACUCACAGUCUCACGGAGGCUGUGCGGCAGUUGGAGCGCCUCUCAGGUUUGCCACUGUGGCCGGAACGCCGCAGCAAAGUUUUCUCCUUGCGAACUCUUGGACAGAAGGAGGCUCGGAUCGGUCUUAACCUCCGGCCCUUCUUCGAUCGAGCUACGGAGAUGGUGAAGUUGUUGCAUCAAGUUGUACAGCAAGCGAGUGCAGGUGAAAUCGUCCGCCCGACUGCUGGACAAGGAGGCUCGGUGCUGCUUCAGCUAGCCCGGGUCCUCCCUCAUACCCGGUGA